GGCCCGAUCGAGUGCCCAGAACCACACCACACAACACUGCCGACAUACUCCCGGGCGCUUAGACAUCGUCAUGCAGGGGGAGCAGCAGGAGAAGAAGGCGGGGAAGGUGAAGAAGGGCUGGCUGGCGGUGCGCGUCGGCGGCGACGUCGACAACGGGUUCAGGCGGUUCGUGAUCCCCAUCGCGUAUCUCUACCACCCGGUGUUCCAGCGGCUGCUGGAACAGGCCAGGGACGCCUACGGCUACGACUCGUCCCCCGGCCCGCUCCGCCUCCCUUGCUCCGUCGACGACUUCCUCCGCCUCCGCGCCCGGGUCGACCGCGAUCACACGGCUUCCUCCAAUUCCUCCUCGCACCGCGUGCACGCCGGGCAACACCACCACUCCUUGUCCCCGUGCACCCGCGCCAAAGUCACCUCGUGAUGGACCGACCGAAUCGAAGCUCGACCACGGUGCGAGUCCAUGUGCAGGCCGGAGCCGGAGACGACACAGAGUACGGUACGAGUGUACACAGAGAGGGAAGAGAGAGAUCUCUGGAGAGGAGAGGCAGUAGGUGAUUGAUUAGUCUUGGGAGGAUCCCCGUAUUGGUUAUGGUUUUGGAUUGGGCCUUCUUUUCUUCUCCUUUUGAAUUUUGCAGAUGCAUGUAGUUAUGGAUACUAGAUUAACAGUCGACGGAUGUAUAAUUAACACUUGAAUCCCACAGUCCCUGUACAGCUCCCUCCACGGCCUGCUUGAUUUGCCUGAUUAA